AUGGCUUUCUCCGCGCGGAGAAGCCUCACCCUCUCCCACCACCUCACCCGCCGUCUCCACCCCUCCCUCUCCCACCUCGUCCCCUCCCACCACGACCGCCGCGAAGACCCCUCCUCCUCCUCCUCCGCCCCGCCGCUCCCAGCCCAGCAAACUCCACACCUCCCCUCCGCCGACCUCCGUCGACGCGCGAGAUCCCAGAGCCUACCCCUCCCGCUCCCCUUCGGCGCCCACCUCUUGGCCCACCGCACCUUCUCCUCCUCCUCCUCCUCCGAGAUCGAUGCCGCCGCAACCGUCCUCACCGACCCCGCGGCCGACCAGAUGGACGUCGCGGCGGGCGUCCUCUCGGACGCCGCGACCGCGGUCGCGCCCGCCUUCCCGGCCUCGUUCCCCGGGGAAGUGGCCGCCGCCGCCGCCGACUCGUUCCCCCCGGUCGCCGCCCUGCAGUACGUCAUCGACGCCGUCCACUCCUUCACUGGGCUCAACUGGUGGGCUGCGAUUGCCGUCACGACCAUACUGAUCCGAACAGCCACGAUUCCGCUGAUGGUGAACCAGUUGAAGUCCACGAUGAAGCUAAAUGCAAUGAGGCCAGAAAUUGAGGCAAUCAACAUGGAGAUGCGAAAUUCAAUGGAUCCACAAUCGAUGCUAGAGGGGAAAAGGAAAUUGGGCGAGCUAUUCACAAAGCGUGGUGUUAAUCCGUUGACACCGUUAAAGGGUAUAUUCAUCCAAGGGCCUAUAUUCAUGAGCUUUUUCUUUGCUAUACAAAACAUGGUGGAGAAGGUCCCUUCUUUGAAAGGAGGUGGAGCAUAUUGGUUUACUGAUUUGACAACUCCUGACGAGCUUUACAUCCUCCCAGUGUUGACAGCAGCGACAUUCUUGGCAACGGUGGAGGUGUGCACCCUGGCCGAUGCAAUAAAUAUGUCUUUUAUUUUAUUGUAUAGUUAA